ACCUUUGUGCGUUGUCUGACGAGUUAACGAACCUGUCCUACUACUGCUGCUACUGCUGCACCACUCAACGGUUGCAGGUCGGUUCGCGUUCCAUCAGUCGAUUCGUCCUUCGAGUGAAGAUACUGAAAAUACACGGUUUUAUUUCCAGUGACAACCGAUUGUGCCAGUGCCAGUGUAUAUCAAGAGAUGGAUAGUUUUUUGGGAAACUCCGAUAGUGCUAAAGUGAUUCCAAAGGAUUUGGCUGACAUGUCGAAGGAACAGUUUGCUAAUGCGGAUUUAUUCGCAGACCACUCCCGUUUUCCAAUGGCAGAGGAAAAAUCUGACAUUUCACAGAAGUUUGCUGCGGCCGAGGCGAACCUGCUGGGUGAUUCUUUCUCCAUGCCACCGGUUUCGUCCGCUUUGAUAGAUAAUAAGCUUUUAACGCAGGAACGAGAUAAUAUGGAUGAUUUUUUCAUGGGAAAAGAGAUCAAUAAUCCUUCCGAGCCGGCACCAUCUUCCGUGAGCAAUCUUAUGGAUAUGACAGGACUCGAUUUUCUCGAGCCCCAGACCAAGGCUCAGAACAACGAUAAGGUUGAAAAACAACAGUUUACCGAUACCGUUCCGUUCGGCACCGGUCAAGCCGAACCUUUCCAUUUGAUGCAAGAUGAAAUCACAAGCGAUUAUAUGAAUCCGUAUGCCGAGGUCCGUGCCAGCGCUACAGCUGAUCAUAACAAGCCAAAAAUCGAUGAGCCAUUCGGCCAGUCUGCCGUUUCGGAUAGUGUGGAAAAGGAGGACAUUUUCAACGCCUUCGAUAGUCACAAGAAAGAGGACCAUUUUGCACCCGAACCAACCAAAUUGAACGAACCAUUAGCGCCGGCCGCCGUCCCGGAGCCCGCUCCAGUUGUACAGCCACCACCUCCAGCCGCACCCAAAGUUGUACCUGCUGCGAAGCAACCGGAGCCGAAACCAAAUCCACCGGCUGAGACGGUUUCUACCAAGCAAGCAGCAGCCCCAGCAGCGGCGGCGGAUGAGGAGUGCAUCGAAGCCGAGAAAAUCUUCAAGCAGUUCGGUUUGGAUGCUUGGUUCAAGCCGGAAAAAUUGCACCCGAAAGUCAGCCAGCAGCCGGAGAUUAAAAAUCUUACCUGCGCUAUGGCCAUGCCACUAUGGGGCACAAGCUAA